UUCUUAUUUUUAUAUGUAUUCACAUGCCCAUCCAACUCCUCUAUGACAUCCAAACAUCCAAACAGAGGGAGAGGUACAGUUGUUAGUAUAAGCUUGUUUUGAGAAAUAGAAAAUUAAGAAAUGCAUCUUGCAGUAUGCAAUGUUUACCCUCAAGGAACCUCACACUUUCUCAUGUUGUUAGAAUUCACACCUGAUAUCUCCAGGACCACACCGUAUCUUUGCAUUUUUGCAGAUAGAUAAAACAUUUCCGACAGUAUUCCCUUGCAUCUUUAGAAAUAGAUGAAAGUUUCCAAAUUCUCCAGAAUCAUGGAAUUUCAUCGAGAUCAAAAUUUCCAACAUUAUUCCAUUGCAAGUUUACGUACUGGUAAAAGUUUCCAAACUCUCCAGAACCAAAGAAUUUCAUCACGUUCUAAUUUUUUCAGCUUUCUCACAGGUCAUGAACCAGCUUGGUAAUGCCGGCAGUUACUUAGAACCUCUGCUUGUGAGGUCUCCAGUUGACGGUGUUACUCCAGCGGACAUCCAGAGUGAUAUUAAGCUCCUGUUGUAUAUAUAUGCUGGAUUUGCCGUCACAUUAAUGUUGACAAUUCUGGCGUACUUCCCCUCCAAGCCACCUACACCUCCCUCUAUAACUUCGUCUAUCGAGAGGCAUGAUUUUGCAACCAGCCUUAAAAAGAUUAUUAGAAAUCGAGAUCUGAUGUUAGUCACCUUAUCAUAUGGUGUAUCUGUGGGCGUUCCUGCUGCCUGGUUAAGUGUGCUGAAUUAUUCCCUGAAAGAACUCGGAAUCCUCCAGGAUGAUGCAAUGUGGAUUGGAAUUCUGGGUGUCAUCAUGUCAGGCAUAUGUGGCUUGCUGGCAGGUCGCAUGACUGAUAUAGUCUAUGGACACGUGCGGAUAUCACUCAUUUUCUUGAUGAUAUCGACUGUUGCCUUCUUCUAUUGGUUCUUCCUCCUUACUUGGGGGUCCAUCCCAGUGACCACUUGGCAAGUCUACUUAACUGUUGUUGGAGGAUUAUCCUUUAACUUCGCGACGGCUCCUCUCUUCUUCGAGUUAGCUGUGGAGACGGCAUACCCCUGUCCAGAGGUGGUUGUCGGGGGCCUGGUUACGGCCAUCAAUAAUCUACUCGGCCUCUUCUUCCUCAUGCUGUUCUUCAUUCCUAAUAUAGGGUACCAGUGGGUGACAUACUUGCUACUUGCUUCUUCUUCGACGGCAAUCCUACCCUUGCUGUUCGUACGAGAGGAUUACGCCAGGUCCAACAUUGACCGAGGAGAGCCAGUCGAGUCGGCCUACCAGCCCAUAUGACAGAAGGCAAAUAAUGAUCAUAAGAAAAGGUUCCCCGAAUCGAUCAAGAUAGAAUGAGUGAUUACGACCGGUGACCUUGGAGUUGUGGAUUUGGUUGUUAGAUUUCGGGAUCAGUGAUUUGUACUUUGUAAUUUGGUUGCAGAUUUGUGUUGUGAAGGAUUUGGGAACGAUGUUGCUAGUGUUUUGAAUGUUUAUUUUUAAAAUAAGGUCUACCAGAUAUUUAUGCUAUUUUUAAAAAUGAAGGUAAUUUUAUGGAUAUAUCUAUUAUUUUAUAUAACUUAUUUUAAUUAUAUACGUAUCAUAUUUUACCUCUGAUAAAUUUGUGAUAGAAAAUACCUCAUUGUGAUAUUUGCUAAUACUGACUCAUAAGAGAUUAUUUUCCAUUGACUUUCUUGUGUCUAGAUUGACCAACUUCUACUGUUUGUAGGAGGUAUGUGAUAAAAAGUAUGAAAGGAGUGAAUGCUUAAGUUAUUUGGAUAUCUGUAGAAAGGUGUUUUGUAACUGGUAUUUAUCUUUAAAUGUUAGAUUUAUCACUAGUCUUUUGAGUUCAGGUACAAUUUCAUGGAGGUGAAGUGUGUAUGAUCAGAAACUAUAAAGAAAAAUAGUCUUAAGACUUGUUUCAGAUGGGCUUGAUGCAAAAUGGAAGGAUAAAAUAGAUAUGCUUCAGUAAUAAUUUUACACUUAGAGAUUCAGAAUUUGGUUUACUGAACUGUUUAGUUUAGCACAGUGUAUGUGGAGGGAAAAUUGGGCUUUAAGUACAUUUGUAUAAUGAACACUUGUGUGCUUUGCUAGUCUGUAUGUCUGACCACCAUACAUGCUCAUAUAUUUAGAAUCAGACACAUAUAUCCAGUAUCAUAUGAUGUAUAUUGUCUGUUAGGGCAUUAGAAAUACACCAUAUAUAAAGCAAAGUAAUUUUCAUUUUGUUGUUGAAUUUUAGACAGGUUGUGUAAUUAAGCUAAUGCUUUAUUUUGAACUGUGGUUAGUGCUGCCAGUAAUAAAGCAUAUCACAAACACUUUAAGCAUUCUUGUAUUCUGGUCAGUGUCAAGCAAAGGUCAAAGUUGGUUUAGUGGCAUGUCUCUGGAAAAGCAUGUACGCUAGACCACAGGAUUAAAUUGGAGCUUAGCCUGACAUGAAACCAGGGCCUUCCAUUCACAAAGCUAACUUUCUACCUUUAAACUAUGCCACGUCCCUUGGUAAUGUAACUCAUAUAUUUAGAUAAGGUGAUGGUAUUCUUAGUUACAAUGACUUAUAAGACGUAGGUUUCUGCCAGUAGUUUUGUUACCAGUAUUUCCAGAGGAAAUAUUAUAUAUAAAAUGACUGUCCCAAAGAUUCUAUUUUAUAAGGCAUAAACAUAAUGUUAUGUAGAAUGAAUACUGCACUUUUUAUACAGAUAAUAUUUGAAUUCUCGGAUACUAGAAUAUGAAUGACUGUGGUAAUGCAGUGAAGAAUUCUCAAGGCAAAUGUUUUAUUGAUAGGAUUGCUUGUAAUUUAGUUAAAUAAACUAUAAUUGCUUUGUAAA